GGGACAGGAGAGGAGAAAGAAUACCCAUUGGAUCAGCAGUCAAAACGGUAUCUUUUCCUAUCCCAUUCACUACACCUUUUCUUGUAAACAACCACUGGUGGAAUCCCUCCCUGCUGCCGGUGCAAGAGAAACCCAUCCGGACUGGAAAUCAAGCUCUGGUGAGAACGGCGGAAUUCGCAGGUCCACAUGCGCGUGUCGCGUGCGCGAGAGGAAGACCACCAAACGCCCAUCCUACACCCAUCCUGUCCGCCCAUCCCUCCCACCCUGGAGACCUUCCCUGAUCCCGCCCGACCUCCCCCUCGACUCCACCUCCGGACCUCCUCGCCCCAGCGAUCACAACUCCCCUGAAAGCAAGCCAUGAGCAAACUCGACCUCGAAGGCAGCGUCAGCGGCGGCGGCGGCGGCCUCAGCGGCUCCUACAGCGACGUCGGCCACGACGACGACGACGAGCAUCAUCUCACCGUGGGCAAACGUCCCCGCGCCAACAAAGGCGAUGUCAUCGACGACGACGAUGCGUCCUCCCUCGCCUCGCUCCUCCACGACGGUGAGAUCGUCGACGACGACGACGAUGAGGAUCUUCCGCUUUCGAGGCUGGAAAUGCUGGAUCCCAUCGGCCCCGGCUUGGACCCGCAGAAUUGGCCCCGCUGGAAGAAACUGUGGGUCGCGGUCUCGAUCGCUUUUUAUACAUCGGUGUUUUAUUCCGGAUCGUCGAUCUUCAUGGUCUCCGUCCCGGGAGUCAUGGUCUUGUAUCAUGUCGGCCAGGAACACGCUCUCAUGGGACUGUCACUUUACGUGUUGAGUUAUGGCCUUGGCCCUCUACUCUGGGCGCCUCUAUCAGAAGUCCGCUGGAUCGGGCGGAACCCGGUUUACAUCUUUACCAUCCUCGCGUUUGUCGCCAUCUCUUUCUUGACCGCGACGAUGGCCCUCAAGGGUCUUUUUGGAUUCCUCGUUCUGCGCUUCCUACAAGGCUUCUUCGGCUCGCCUUGUCUCGCCAACGGAGGUGCGUCCAUGCAUGACAUCUUCACCGAGCAGGAAUUGCCCUACGCCCUUGGAAUCUGGAUCGCUUUCGCCUACGCCGGUCCCGCCCUGGGCCCCGCCUUGGCCGCCAAAGCCACCGAGGUCUACGGAUGGCAGUUCCCCAUGUGGUUCAUCGCUUACGGAUCCGUCCUCGCCUGUGUCGUCCUCCUGGUCCUCCCCGAGACCUACCUUCCCAAAAUCCUCUAUCGCCAGGGCGCCUACGCCCGCAUCGGCGGCGGCCCCGACGGCCACCACCUCGAACAAGCCCAGCGCCACGCGGGCCAAUCCCCCUCCUCCUCCCGCGGCGACAGCGUCUGGGCCACGCUCAAAGACUCGCUGAUCAAACCGCUCGAGAUCAGCCUCCUGGACCCGUCCGUCAACUUCGUCAACAUCUACACCAGCUUCUGCUACGCCACCUACUACACCUUCUUCGACGCCCUGCCCAUCACCUACAUGACCAAAUACGGCUUCAACCUCACCCAGGUCGCCGUCGCCUGCACCUGCAUCAUGUUCGGCUGCGCCGCCGGCGCCGCCGCCUACUUCUCCUACGUCUACUACGUCGCCAACCCGGCCGCCGCCCGGGGGACCUCGGUGCAGGAGGACCGGCUCAAGCCCGCCCUGGUCGCCGUCUGCCUCAUCCCCGUCGGCAUCCUGGUCUUCGCCCACGCCAGCGACGGCCGGCUGCACUGGCUGGUCGGCAUGUCCGGCAUCGCCCUGUACUCGGCCGCCGUCUUCGUCAUCCUGCAGUGCCUCUCCAUGUACAUGCUGCAGAGCUACCCGGCCUACGCCGCCAGCCUCUUCGCCGCCAACGACGCCUGCCGCAGCGUCCUCGCCGCCGCCGCCGUCCACCUCGGCCUGCCCUUCUACAUGAAGCUCGGCGUCGUCUGGGGCUGCUCCAUCCUCGCCGCCGUCAGCGUCCUCGGCAUCGUCGGCAUGUUCGUCCUCUACUGGAAGGGGCCCAGUCUGAGGGCGAGGAGCAAAUUCGCGGUCAAAUGAUUGGGGGGUUGGUGUCGUUGGCCUUUUCUUUCUCUCUCCAUGUGCAUGUAUUCUAUAGGGUGGGGGGUUUCCCCCAGUUCUUGAAAUAUAGAAGGGUCUCAUCUUUUGUUUUCGCGUAAACAGUUUUGGACAGUCGAGUCGAUUGCUCUUCCACACAAAACGUGUCUGUAGAUGAGAUGGAUUUUUUAAUUUCCUCUUUUAUGUGCCCUGGUUUCAAUGGCACUGAUGUCCGAACGAGCCACGAGGGCGGGUCGUUGGCUUUCUGUCCACGGAUCGAAAAGCAUGAGGAUGAAGGGCAAUGCAAAUUCU